CUUAGACAGUGACAAGAUAUCAUGUUCUUUCUUCCCUGUCCUUUUACUUUCUUCCUUCUAUUGGUUAAUACCAGAUUAUCACGGCUUCAUUUAAACAGUUUUUGUUUACACCGUCGAUUAACUACGAUUUCCUGGGGCUGCUUCUUGGAAGUGAUGCCCAUGGAUUCCCGCAAGGUCCCUCCCGGGGACUUUGUGUCAUCCUGGCCUCCCCAGAGAUGGCUCGCGACUCCUCCUCUUCCUCUUCGUGCUCCUCCUCCUCCUCUGCUGAGAUGAGGUCCGGUUCUGGGCCCUCCGGCACUCUUCCCGGGGGCGGCCGCGCCCUGGUUCCGAUCACUACGUGGUCUUACGACGUUUCUGGGUGGGACUUUUCGUUCCUCCAGUUUACACACAUCUACGGUUGUCGGAAUGCCUGUGUUGGGGUUUUCGACGAGGAAGUUCGUGGGACUGUCCGGUCACUUGGACCCCGGACUUACAAAGAGGUGGAAGGGAUUGUUGGGGGCUACCUGCGUGCAUGUGGGUGCACUGGUGAAGGUACGAUUCUGCUGGGAAGUCCAGCUUCCUGCCGUCUGGAACGAUGGGAGGCUCGACUACGACGUGGGUUUCGGGGACGAGCUUGGUGGGGGAGUCUCAGUUGGGGGCUGCCACACGGGAAUGGAGUCAUGGGCCCAGUGGGGCCACGAUUCACGGGAUCCCUGUUGAGAGGAUAACGAAAUUCCGUGGGGGCGAUUGGAAGGUUGGACCGGAUGGGAAAGUGGUUGGAGGGAGUGGGGACGGGUUGUUAUCCGGACUUUCGAGCGGUGAGCAUCAGCUCUACCGGAAGUUCUGCGAUGAGGAUUCGCGCGAUGGGGACUACGUGUCUCCUGUGAAACGAGGAGCUGUUCGGCCUGCGGCAAGACCAACCAGGACGAUCGCCGGCACACCAUCCCCGGCACUACCAUCUGCUGCCGCGUCGCCCCCCGGUGGUACCCAAAAGGGCAUUCCCUUUCGAGCCGGUGAGGAUGAGUGGGAGGAGAUUGUUGUCGGACCCGCCGAGCGAGGCGAUUGAGUGGUCCACAUCUCCAACAUGCCACUUCGACGCCCGCGAGAGGGUGCCGGUUGAGGGUGGUAGGAAGAUGUUGGCGGUGUCUGAGGAUGCAGACACGGCUGGUGAGGUGAGUUGCCCCCCCCGGUGGAUGUGGUGGAGGGUGGUGAUUCAAGGAUGGAGCUCGGGGGUGGGAGGAGCUCUGAGGUGGAUGGGCUUGGGGAUAGCAGGUGGGCUGCCCUGAGUGGUGUUGAGGUUACGCUGCCUUCUACGGAGGUGGGCGGUAGGGAUGAUGUGUGGGUUCCGUCGACUCCGAUUGACAUGAGCUCCCCCCCCCCCGAGCCUGGUGGAUGUCCGGAUGUUGGAGUGUCUGGACGAACUCGCAGUGGGGCGUGAUGUGCCUGCUGUUGAGAGUGACGGACUGGAUGAGGCUGGUUUGGGUGGGGUGGUUGAGAGGUUGCUCCGGCUGGUGGAGGAGCACGAGGAACGGAUUGAUCGGUUGGAAUCCGAGAUCCGAGACCUCCGGGUGGCCCAUGAGGCGCCCAAACAUAGAUCCCCCCCCUG